AGAGCUUUCCGCUGGAUGAUGACCAUGGUGUUUGCUGUGGAGGAAAUUAACCGUAAUUCAAGCCUGUUACCAGGUGUAACACUAGGCUACCGGAUUAUGGACAGCUGUGACCAUGUCCACACCAGCCUGCAAGCUCUAUUGUCUUUAGUCAGUCACACCAAAGCUAGUACAGGAUCUCAAAUUCUGCCCUCAUGUCUGGCCGAUUCUCCUGUGCCUGCUGUGAUCGGUCUUGCAUCCUCUUCCCCUACAAGAGCUGUAGCUCACACUCUUGGGCCUUUUAAUCUCCCACUGGUGAGUUAUUUUGCCACUUGUACCUGUCUCACUGACAAGCAUAUGUACCCAUCAUUCUUGCGGACUGUGCCGAGUGAUCUCUUUCAAGUUAGAGGUCUUGUUCAGCUGGUCACCUUCUCAGGCUGGCUCUGGGUGGGCACAAUAGGAACCACGGAUGACUACAGCCAUUAUGGCAUUCAAGCAUUUUCUAAUCAAUUUAGAGAACAAGGUGGAUGUGUGGCAUUUCAUCUGACAAUCCCAAAAUCACCCACAGCAGCUGAGAUACAAGAAAUGGCAGACAGGCUGCAGAGAUCAACUGCACAGGUAGUGGUGGUCUUUGCCACAGAGGGACAGCUGCUGGAUCUGCUGUUAGAGCUGUCUCAGAGAAAUGUGACAGGGAUCCAGUGGGUAGCGAGUGAAGCCUGGGUGACUGCUAGCCUUCUGACCUCACCCCAUUUCCACCCGCUCCUAGAGGGCACUCUGGGCUUCUCCUUCCCCGGAGUCAGGAUCCCCGGCUUGAAAGAGUUCCUGUUGAAUGUCUACCCCGCUCCCAAACCUGGAAUGGCAUUUGUCAACAUGUUCUGGGAAGAGCUUUUUGGCUGCAGGCUAGCAUUUAGAGGAGGCCGAUCCAGAGAAAAUGAUGCAGAUGCCCCUGUAUGCACUGGUUUAGAGGAUCUGACGUUCACUGACAGCAGCUACACUGACGUUUCUCAGGUCAGAAUAUCUUAUAAUGUGUAUAAAGCUGUAUAUGCUUUCGCCCAUGCUCUGCACACUUUAUUGAACUGUGAUUCUUCUGGACAUAACAGAAUGUGUGAGAAUCAUAAAUCAUUUACUUCCAGGCAGUUGCUGCAUCACAUUAAGACAGUAAAUUUCACUGACCAGUUUGGGGAAAAGGUAUAUUUUGACUCCAAUGGAGAGCCGGUCCCUCUCUAUGACAUCAUUAACUGGCAGAAGGACAGCAAGGGUGAAAUAAGAUUUAUUAAAGUGGGAAGCUAUGACGGUUCGGCUCCAUUGAGACAUCAGUUGCAGAUAGAACAGGGCAGCAUUGUGUGGACAAAAGGACAGUCACAGGUACCUGUAUCUCAGUGUAGUGCUCCAUGCUCCCCUGGCAGCAGGCAGGCCAGACGUCCAGGAGAGCCCCACUGCUGCUUUGAUUGUUUGCCCUGUGCAGAUGGAGAGAUCAGCAACCAGACUGGUUCCACUGAGUGCACAAAAUGUCCUGAAUAUUACUGGUCGGACAGGGACAAGGUGAAAUGCGUGGCAGGGGUCGAGGAAUUCUUGUCGUUCCACGACACCAUGGGCAUCAUCCUGGUUGCUCUCACACUGUUAGGUGUCGUACUGACAACCAUCGUCACGGCUGUCUUUUACCAUUUCCGUUUCACGCCGAUCGUCAAGGCCAACAACUCAGAAAUAAGUUUCUUGCUUCUCCUGUCACUCAAACUCUGCUUCUUGUGUUCUCUGGUGUUCAUCGGCCAGCCGUCUGUGUGGGCAUGUAGGCUCCGCCAGGCAGCGUUCGGGAUCAGCUUUGUCCUCUGUCUGUCCUGCCUCCUCGUGAAGACCAUCGUGGUACUCUUGGCUUUCCGGGCUAAUGCACCUGGUUCAAGGGCUCUGAAGCUGUUUGGUCCCACUCAACAGAGGACUCUGAUCCUCUGCACUACAGCUCCUCAGGUUUGUCUCUGCGCAGGUUGGCUUUUAGGCGCACCUCCAUUCCCUUACAAAAACCCAAACUACCAAGCCUCAACUGGAAAAAUUGUUGUGGAGUGUAAAGAGCCAUGGCCUCCUGGAUUUUAUCUAGUCCUUGGCUACAUUGGGCUACUGGCUUUCAUCUGCCUCCUACUGGCGUUCCUCGGACGGAAGCUACCCGAUAGGUUCAAUGAGGCGAAGCUCAUCACCUUCAGCAUGCUGAUCUUCUGGGCUGUGUGGAUUUCUUUCAUCCCAGCUUAUGUCAGCUCUCCUGGGAAGUUCACUGUGGCAGUGGAAGUAUUUGCUAUAUUAGCCUCCAGUUUUGGACUGUUACUUUGUAUUUUUGUGCCCAAAUGCUACAUCAUUUUAUUCCAGCCGCAGAGGAACAUAAAGAAAGGCUUGACUGGAAACCACUUCAUGAUGUUGUCCCCUGGCCUGGUGGCAGUGAAAGCAGCCAGCACGACCAGGGUCUUCCCCAGGAUGCAGGAGAUACAAAGUGAAAAUGUGAUGCUAAAGGCAGUGUGGCGCAGCAUGCAGGACCAAGCUGUUGGCUCUCCAAUGAACACCAGGGAACACAGGAAACACAGAGUCAAGAACUCCACCUUCUUGGGGAUGCAGGCUGUUCUGUCGUCGUUUGACCAGAAGUCCUCGGGACAGAAUGUGCACUCUAUUGAAUCUAAAGGCAAGAGGUCAAAGCAGCAGACAGGCUCCCCACGACGGACAGCUUUCCGGGACCCUGGAAGACAGCUGGCACUGCACACAGACAAUGUUGAGAACAUCAUAAUAGGGGAUGGAGUCACCCUUCAGGUCAAAGUUCACUUCCUCCCCGGCAAUGUUAAAUGUCACUUCCUGAAGGUAGUCACUGAGUCUGGAGAUAUGACCUUUUCUGAUGCCAAACCCGAUGGUGCCCCCCAGAAAGGGAAGCUACUUCUUGUUUAUUCACUCAUGGCAGUGCCAGCUGCAAAUCUUCUUACAUUUCUUUUUCUCUUUGGGGCCAAACCUGGCUUAUCUGCUGCUCUGGAUAACUGUAUUUUCUUGGGUGAAGAAGAGAAAAACAGUCUGUAUGAAGAUGGAGAUGUAGUUAUAGGGGGCUUAUUCCCUCUACAUUACAGCCCUGUGUCUUCUCUCCCAACAUAUACAACCAAACCAGCACCUUAUAUGUAUAAAUAUUUCAACUCUCGUACCUUGCGCUGGAUGCAGACUAUGACUUUUGCAAUCACAGAAAUCAACCAGCGCAGUGAUCUGCUGCCACAUCUAAAACUGGGUUUCCACAUCCGUGACAGCUGUGCUCACAUACCUGUUUCUCUGAGAGCAGCUUUGCUGUUGGUGAACGGACAGCCUGAGAUAGACAUCAGUGUCAAAAACAAUUGGGAAAGAAACAGUAGUUAUAAUUUAGGAUGUGAUGCCGUAAAAAGCACUGUGUCCCCCGUAAUCAUCGGAGAGGCUUCCUCAGCGGUGUCUAUGGCUCUGCUAAGAAGUCUGGGUUCUUUCCAUAUCCCCUUGGUGAGCUAUUUUUCAUCCUGCAGCUGUCUGAGUAACCAAAAGGAGUUCCCCACAUUCAUGCGCACCAUGCCCAGUGACACCUUCCAGGUCAAAGCUCUGGCUCAGCUGGUUAGUUAUUUUGGCUGGACUUGGGUUGGAGUCAUUGGUUUGGAAUCUGAUUAUGGGCGCGUUGCCGCACAGCUCUUCCUGCAGGAGUCGGUGCAGUACGGUGUGUGUGCUGCCUACAUUCACCUCUACCCUGUAGUCCUGAGUCAACAGGCCCUAGAUGAGCUGCUUGAUGUUAUUCAGAUGUCAUCCUCAAAGGUCAUCAUUAACUUUUGUAGUGAAUCCGAGAUGAAGAGCAUCCUUAGAGAGGUCAGACGUCGGAAUAUAACCGGCCUGCAGUGGAUCGCCAGUGAGGCUUGGGCCAGUGCCAUAUCGCUCUGGGAAAAGUUUGGAGAUCUGCUGGCUGGAACACUAGGAUUUGCCAUCCAGAGAGCUGAUGUGAUUCCAGGGCUGAAAGAACACCUGGCUGGUCUCAGACCAUACAACAUUCACAAAACAGCUUUCUUGGCAGAAUUUUGGGAAGAGUUGUUUAACUGCCGACUGAACGGGUCAGUGAACAGCCACUCUCACAGGGGCGACAACUACCAGGACAGAUUGCCAUGUAAAGGGACGGAGGACUUAAAUGAUGUCUACUCUCCUUAUUUUGAUGUGACACAGUUACGAGUGUCCUAUAAUGUUUACAAGGCUGUGUAUGUGGUGGCCCAUGCCUUGCAAGAUAUGAGUAACUGUGUAGUCGGACAGGGGCCUUUCCUGAACGGCAGCUGUGCAGACCCAAAGAAUGUUAAACCUUGGCAGCUAGUCCACUACAUGAAGGGUGCUAAUUUUUCUGCACUCGGAGAGAGAAUCAGCUUUGAUCAAAACGGUGACCCCAUUGCUUAUUAUGAUCUCAUGAACUGGCAAAGGAUGCCUGACGGCUCAAUAAAUUUGGUAAAAGUGGGUUUCUAUGACGCCUCUUCUCCUUCUGGACGCAGCCUGGUCAUAAAUGACUCAGUGAUUCAGUGGCCUGUUGGGAAACAGGCUUCCCGGUCUGUAUGCAGCGACAGUUGUCCUCCAGGUUCCCGUGUCACCAGGAGAAAGGGAGAACCUAUCUGCUGUUUUGACUGUGUCCCCUGUGCUGAGGGAGAAGUUAGUAAUAAGACUGAUUCUUUAGACUGCUCACGCUGCUCAGAGGACACAUGGCCCAAUAAAGUCAGAGAUCUCUGCAUCCCAAAGACUAUAGAGUUCCUGUCUUACCAUGAGUUAAUGGGUAUUGUUUUGUGUGUUGUAUCUGUCCUCGGAGCGUGUAUUUCACUCUUCAUCCUCGUUGUAUUCUUCACACACAAAGACACGCCACUGGUUCGGGCCAACAACAUGGAACUGAGCUUCCUUCUUUUAGUGUUUCUGGCGGUCUGUUUCCUUGUUGGCCUGUUGUUCAUUGGUGAGCCUUCAGACUGGCUUUGCCGUAUCAGGUAUCCAGCAUUUGGGAUCAGUUUUGCCCUCUGCAUUUCAUGCCUCCUGGCCAAGACAGCUGUGGUCCUAAUGGCUUUCAGGUCCACUCUGCCAGGAAGUCGUGUCAUGAAGUGGUUUGGACCCAACCAGCAGAGAGCCAGUGUACUUUUCGGAACAAUUGUUCAGGUGAUAAUCUGUGUUGUGUGGUUGCUCACCAGUCCACCUCAUGCCAACAACAACACAGAUUACAGUUCCACCAUCAUCAUUGAAUGUGUUACUGGUUCAGAAGCUGGUUUCUGGUGUGUUCUUGGAUACAUCGGCAUCUUGGCCUGCAUGUGCUUCUUUAUGGCAUUUUUGGCUCGGAAGCUGCCUGAUAAUUUUAAUGAGGCAAAGUUCAUCACCUUCAGCAUGCUGAUAUUCUUUGCAGUAUGGGUCACUUUUAUUCCAGUAUAUGUGAGCACAGCAGGGAAAUACACGGUGGCUGUCCAUAUUUUUGCUAUUUUAGCCUCAGCUUUUGGUCUCCUUUUCUGUAUUUUUGUUCCAAAGUGCUACAUCAUAAUUGUGAAACCAGAAAAAAACUGCAAGAAAAACAUAAUGGACGUUAUGUUCAACAUCAACCUUGAGGAGAAAGGGAAGCUACUUCUUGUUUAUUCACUCAUGGCAGUGCCAGCUGCAAAUCUUCUUACAUUUCUUUUUCUCUUUGGGGCCAAACCUGGCUCAUCUGCUCCUCUGGAUAACUGUAUUUUCUUGGGUGAAGAGGAGAAAAACAGUCUGUAUGAAGAUGGAGAUGUAGUUAUAGGGGGCUUAUUCCCUCUACAUCACAGCCCUGUGUCUUCUCUCCCAACAUAUACAACCAAACCAAACUUUUUUCUUUACAGUUUCAACUCUCGUACCUUGCGCUGGAUGCAGACUAUGACUUUUGCAAUCACAGAAAUCAACCAGCGCAGUGAUCUGCUGCCACAUCUAAAACUGGGUUUCCACAUCCGUGACAGCUGUUCUCACAUACCUGUUUCUCUGAGAGCAGCUUUGCUGUUGGUGAACGGACAGCCUGAGAUAGACAUCAGUGUCAAAAAUAAUUGGGAAAGAAACAGUAGUUAUUUAGGAUGCUCUGCCAUAAAAAGCACUGUGUCCCCCGUAAUCAUAGGAGACGCUUCCUCAGCGGUGUCUAUGGCUCUGCUAAGAAGCCUGGGUUCUUUCCACAUCCCCUUGGUGAGCUAUUUUUCAUCCUGCAGCUGUCUGAGUAACCAAAAGGAGUUCCCCACAUUCAUGCGCACCAUGCCCAGUGACACCUUCCAGGUCAGAGCCCUAGCUCAGCUGGUUAGUUAUUUUGGCUGGACUUGGGUUGGAGUCAUUGGUUUGGAAUCCGAUUAUGGGCGCGUUGCCGCCCAGCUCUUCCUGCAGGAGUCGGUGCAGUACGGUGUGUGUGCUGCCUACACUCACCUCUACCCUGUAGUCCUGAGUCAGCAGGCUCUAGAUGAGCUGCUUGAUAUUAUUCAGAUGUCAUCCUCAAAAGUCAUCAUUAACUUUUGUGGUGAAUCCAAGAUGAAGAGCAUCCUGAGAGAGGUCAGACGUCGGAAUAUAACCGGCCUGCAGUGGAUCGCCAGUGAGGCUUGGGCCAGUGCCAUAUCGCUCUGGGAAAAGUUUGGAGAUCUGCUGGCUGGAACACUAGGAUUUGCCAUCCAGAGAGCUGAUGUGAUUCCAGGGCUGAAAGAACACCUGGCUGGUCUCAGACCAUACAACAUUCACAAAUCAGCUUUCUUCACAGAAUUUUGGGAAGAGUUGUUUAACUGCCGACUGAACGGGUCAGUGAACAGCCACUCUCACAGGGGCGACAACUACCAGGACAGAUUGCCAUGUAAAGGGACGGAGGACUUAAAUGAUGUCUACUCUCCUUAUUUUGAUGUGACACAGUUACGAGUGUCCUAUAAUGUUUACAAGGCUGUGUAUGUGGUGGCCCACGCCUUGCAAGAUAUGAGUAACUGUGUAGUCGGACAGGGGCCUUUCCUGAACGGCAGCUGUGCAGACCCAAAGAAUGUUAAACCUUGGCAGCUAGUGCAGUACAUGAAGGGUGUUCAUUUUUCUGCACUUGGAGAGAGAAUCAGCUUUGAUCAAAACGGUGACCCCAUUGCUUAUUAUGACCUCAUGAACUGGCAAAGGAUGCCUGACGGCUCACUACAUUUGGUAAAAGUGGGUUCCUAUGACGCCUCUUCUCCUUCUGGACGCAGCCUGGUCAUAAAUGACUCAGUGAUUCAGUGGCCUGUUGGGAAACAGGCUUCCCGGUCUGUAUGCAGCGACAGUUGUCCUCCAGGUUCCCGUGUCACCAGGAGAAAGGGAGAACCUAUCUGCUGUUUUGACUGUGUCCCCUGUGCUGAGGGAGAAGUUAGUAAUACAACUGAUUCUUUAGACUGCUCUCGCUGCUCAGAGGACACAUGGCCCAAUAAAGCCAAAGAUCUCUGCAUCCCAAAGACUAUUGAGUUCCUGUCUUACCAUGAGUUAAUGGGUAUUGUGUUGUCUGUUGUAUCUGUCCUCGGAGCGUGUAUUUCACUCUCCAUCCUUGUUGUAUUCUUCACACACAAAGACACACCACUGGUUCGGGCCAACAACAUGGAACUGAGCUUCCUUCUUUUAGUGUUUCUGGCGGUCUGUUUCCUUGUUGGCCUGUUGUUUAUUGGUGAGCCUUCAGACUGGCUUUGCCGUAUCAGGUAUCCAGCAUUUGGGAUCAGUUUUGCCCUCUGCAUUUCAUGCCUCCUGGCCAAGACAGCUGUGGUCCUAAUGGCUUUUAGGUCCACUCUGCCAGGAAGUCGUGUCAUGAAGUGGUUUGGACCCUACCAGCAGAGAGCCAGUGUACUUUUUGGAACAGCUGUUCAGGUGAUAAUCUGUGUUGUGUGGUUGCUCACCAGUCCACCUCAUGCCAACAACAACACAGAUUACAGUUCCACCAUCAUCAUUGAAUGUGUUACUGGUUCAGAAGCUGGUUUCUGGUGUGUUCUUGGAUACAUCGGCAUCUUGGCCUGCAUGUGCUUCUUAAUGGCAUUUUUGGCUCGGAAGCUGCCUGAUAAUUUUAAUGAGGCAAAGUUCAUCACCUUCAGCAUGCUGAUAUUCUUUGCAGUAUGGGUCACUUUUAUUCCGGUAUAUGUGAGCACAGCAGGGAAAUACACAGUGGCUGUCCAUAUUUUUGCUAUUUUAGCCUCAGCUUUUGGUCUCCUUUUUUGUAUCUUUGUUCCAAAGUGCUACAUCAUAAUUGUGAAACCAGAAAAAAACUGCAAGAAAAAC